AUGGCGGAAGCACGUGUACAAGCAAUGUUUCACAUCGAGCCGUUUGAUAUCACAGCGAGUUGGCCACGCUGGUUAAGUCGACUCGAAGGGGCUUUUAAACUUUUCAAAGUACCCGCUGAAAAUAAGGUAUCAUACUUAUUACAUUAUAUCGGACCUGCUGCUUUCGAUGUAAUUUGCAACAAAUGCGUGCCAGUGGACCCUUAUGAACAAGAAUACGGGGAGGUAGUUGAAAAAUUACAAGAGUUCUACGCUCCAGCAUCUCUGGAAAUUGCCGAAAAUUUCCGUUUUCAACAACGGCGUCAACUCGAAAACGAAACUAUAUUACAAUAUAUGGCGGCAUUACAGAAACUAAGCAUUAACUGCAAUUUUGGAACGUAUCUCAAAACAGCGUUAAGGAACCAAUGCGGUAAAGGACAUUUAGCUACACAGUGCACAUUAAGUCGCGAUAUCAAAUGUCAUGCUUGUGGAAAUAAAGGGCAUCUCCAAUCAGUGUGUUUUAAAAACAAAAGCCAAACACAUCAAUUAGAGGACAUUCUCAGUACAACAUGUCAGGAUAAUAUUAUGAUUUCACAAUUAGAACAAGGUGAAUACAAAGGUAAAUUCAUCACACGAUUACAGGUAAAUAAUAAAAAUAUAGAUUUUGAAGUAGAUAGCGGAGCGGCCGUAACAAUAGCAAAUAAAGGUCAAAUGCUCAAUUUGUUUCCAAAUUCGAUCAUACAUCCAACGAACUUACAAUUAAUGACUUUCUGUGAAAACACGUUACAAACCGUAGGGUUCAUCGUAGUAAAUGUUAAAUACGGAAAUGUGAAACGCAAAUUAAAUAUUUAUCUUACAAAGGUAAACAGAAAACUGUUAUUAGGCCGCGAAUGGCUACGCCAACUUUUACAUUGUACAGCUCUUAAGGAAUUAUCAUUAAGUACUCAUUCAGAAGAAUUACUAAUGGUAAAUACAAACCAGCAAUUAGAAAAUAUCUUACAAAAAUAUAAAAGUAUUUUCGAAGAAAAUCUUGAUUCUAUUAAAGAUAAAAAAGCUCAUUUAACACUAAAGAAAAAUUCACAACCUAUUUUUCUCAAACAUCGCACAGUACCUUUUAAAUUGUUGCCACUAGUGGAUAAGGAAAUAGAAAAUUUAGAAAGCGCUGGAAUUCUAGAAAAAAUUAAUACUUCUGAAUGGGCUACACCCAUCGUACCAGUCUUAAAAGAAGGGGGAAAGAUUAGGAUAUGUGGAGAUUAUAGCGUUACACUUAACCCUAAUUUAAUUGUUGAUGAUCACCCUUUACCUACAAUUGAUGAACUUUUCUCCGAAAUGGCGGGUGGAACAUCAUUUUCAAAAAUUGAUUUGAAGCAGGCUUACUUACAGUUAGAGGUUAGAAAAGAAGAUCAACAGUAUCUUACAUUAAACACACAUCGUGGAUUAUACAAACCUACAAGACUAAUGUACGGAAUAGCCUCUGCCCCAGCUAUCUGGCAACGAGAAAUUGAGAAUAUCUUAAAAGAUAUUCCAGGAGUUACAGUUUUCCUGGACGACAUUAAAGUGACAGGCACAAACGAUACGGAACAUUUACACAGACUAGAAUUAGUUUUUCAACGAUUGCACGAAUAUAACAUAAAAGUUAAUCUAAAGAAAAGCGAGUUUUUUGUGGAUAAAAUUGAAUAUUCCGGAUACAUAAUAGACCGUCAGGGAAUACACAAAGAUAAAAAGAAAAUAGAAGCAAUAGAACAUAUGCCAAUUCCAAAAAACGUGUCCGAAGUUAGAGCAUUUAUAGGUUUUGUAACUUAUUACAGCCGUUUUAUUAAAAAUCUCAGUACAAUUUUGUAUCCAUUGAAUAAAUUACUACAUAAAGAAACUCCAUUUCUUUGGACACAAGAAUGUGAUACUGCUUUCAAAAAGGCAAAAGAAGUUUUUCAAAACAACGAAAUAUUAGCUUAUUACGAUCAAAAAAAACCGCUAAUUUUAGCUACGGAUGCCAGUUCUUAUGGUGUAGGGGCUGUUCUAUCACACAUAUAUCCAAAUGGAACGGAAAGAGCGAUACAAUACGCGUCAU